CGGGCAGAAGGGAAUCUUCUGUAAGAUGCAUUGUUUUCGUCAAACAAGAACAUUAUUUUUACAUAAUGCUAAUUGGAAACAAGAUGUUACGAAUAUUAUUCCUAUAAUUGUACAAAGAUGUAGGAAUAUAAACAAAAAUGUAUUUAAACCAUUCUACACUUCUAACUCGUUUCACCACCAAGAAGAUAUUUCCAAACCAUUACGCAGUUUAAAGCCAAAAGCACCAACUGAUGCACAAAACACAUUCGUCGAUAUUAAGCAAGUAAGAGCUACUGGAGGAACAGGUGGGGAUGGAGAAAUAUCAUUUUUGCAAUUGUGGGUCAAUGAUAUGGCUGGACCUGAUGGUGGAGAUGGUGGACACGGUGGUCAUGUAGUUUUUGAGGCAACAGCAAAUGUUAAAGACUUUUCACAUAUGAGUGGUGUUUUAAGAGCUGAAAAUGGAGAGAGGGGACGUAAUAAAGAUUGUUUUGGCAAAACUGCUAAGCAUACCAUAGUAAAUGUUCCUCUAGGCACUAUUGUACGAAAUAUAAAAGGAGAAAUAGUAGGUGAUUUGAUUAAAGAAGGAUCAAUGUUUAUUGCCGCAAGAGGUGGUGCUGGUGGUCAUGGAAACACAUUUUUUAAAUCGAAUUUGCAACAGUCACCAUGUAUAUGUGAAUAUGGUGCACAUGGAGAAGAUUUACAAUAUGUGUUAGAAGUAAGAAGUAUGGCACAUAUUGGAUUGAUUGGCCUUCCAAAUGCUGGCAAAAGUACUUUGUUAAGAGCCAUAACUAGGGCCAGGCCAAAAGUAGCUGCGUACCCGUUUACUACGUUGAAACCUCAUUUAGGGAUGGUAUUAUAUGAUGACUACGAACAAAUUGCAGUGGCUGAUCUACCAGGACUUAUAGCCGAUUCUCAUAAAAAUAAAGGUCUUGGUAUACAAUUCCUUAAACACAUUGAACGUUGUAAAACAUUACUAUUUAUCCUGGAUACUACCUCUGAUGAACCUUGGGUAGAUUUUGAAACCCUAAAGAAUGAAAUUACACAAUUCAAUAUAAAGUUAAAUGAACGAUCGGUUCUUAUUGCCGCGAAUAAGAUUGAUUUGCCGGAAGCAAAAGAAAAAUUGGAAAUACUUAAGCAAAAAGUUCGUAUACCAAUCAUACCAAUUUCUGCUAAAAUAGGUACAAACAUAUCCACUUUAUUGAAAGAGGUAAGGAUUUUAUACGAUAAGCAGAGAAAAAAAAGUGAACAGGAGAAUAUAUUGGAAAACAAUGAAAAUUCUACUUAA